AUGGAAGGCACGCGAGAGGAGCGGCAGCAAAUGCGACAGCGCGGAGCUGGUACGCGCAAAGCCAAAGAAGUAGAUUUUGGAUUCGCAUUCGGCAGCCCCCUAGCCCAACCGCCAGCACCUGCGCCGCUUGCUAUUGUCCCUGAGAACAAACCGACACAAACACAGACCGCGCCGGUGACAAUACCAAACCCUUCAGUGUCAUCGCAACCGUUUUCGCCAGCUCCUGCAGUACAGCGCACACCAGCAAGCGCGCGUAACAAGUUCCCAGAACGGCCCUCGACCUAUGACAUACCAUUGGAUGACGAUAGAGGCGAGCAUGUCAGAAGCAACAAGAGGAGAAAGCUCAGUUCUCGGCCAGAUAACGAGGAUAUCACUGUUGAGUCAAGUGGUGUGCAAGUAGAAAGCAAAGAGCCGCCGACCGACCUCAUCUCGGGCACUUCUGAUACAGAUGUUCGAAACAAACAAAGGAAGCACGGGGAUGCACAUCUACAAGAUCUCUCGCCGUCUACUACCGAGACUUCUAUCCAAGACCACCAUCAGGGCGAUGGGGAGCCAGAGGCCAAUGGCGUUGAAUUAGCAACAGAACCGGCAAUCUCGCCAGUCAACGAGCAAUUGGUCCAGGGUGAACCCUUGGGUGAUGAUCUUGCCCAGACUGCAGCGAACGAGAAAGAUCAAGCACCAUCUACUGUGCUUAAAUCUCCCCUGCCCCGAGAUUCACCACAACCUAUGCAAGAUGAGAGUACAUCAGUAUCCAGCGCGAAACGAAAAUCUUUACAGUCACCUCCUGAACAUGAACAACAGACUCGACGAAAGAGGACUGAGUCUCUGACUAUUGAGCAAAGACAUGGAACAGCUGCUGCAGAUCCGCAACGCAAAAGCCCAGCCGAGACCGUCGAGCAUUCUCAUGCGCCGACUGUUGCUUCGCCUGUUAGAGAAAAGAGCUCUGAGCAAAGAGAUCAGGGCACAGAAGAACAGAACAAGUCUUCCGAAGGGCCUUCUAGGAAAGCAAACAAGCUUCGGGGCCGCGCCGCACGCAAAGCUUCUGCGGCUCAAUCCCCAGAACUGCCGGUGGACAACACAGCAGCAGAGCCUGAAGUCGAACCACAUACACAGCCUGCGAUAGCUCAGGCCGAGACAGUCUCGAAGGCCAAGCGGCCUCGCGGUAGACCUUCGCUCGGUAAAAGUAUCGCCGAUGCUACUGAGACCGAGCAGGUGCCCUCUGAACCUGAGCCAGAUGUAACCGCGGUGCCAUUGAAGGCGCGUCGGGGCCGCCCCGCAUCAGACAAGCCCGAUACUCGACCCGAGCCUGCGCUGGAACCAGAAGUGGAAGAUACAGUACCAAAACCACAACGUGGCAGACCGAGCAAGAAACAAAAACGCGCUGUGGAACACGAAGUGCCCCAAGAGGAAGAUCCAGAGCCCCAAGCGGAAGAUCCAGCUGCAGUCUCAAAGCCUCGGCGCGGAAGACCCGGGAAGACGGCCAAACAGGCAGCGAUUCUUGCGCCUGAACCCGAGGCCGAGGCGACGCGAGACCAACCGGAACCCGAGACAGAGUCUGUAGCGCCCAAUGUUCAGCGUGGUAGAUCUAAGAAGACCAAACGCCGAACAGAACCUGAACCAAUACCCGCCGCGCCUGAACCAGAGACCGUGCCCGAGGCUGAAGCUGAAGCUGAGCAGCCCGAGCACGAGCCCGAGACUGAAGUUGACCCAGAAGGUGAAUCGGCACGAGAGAAGCCUCGUCGCAAGACGCGGGAACCUCGCGGGGAAACCGUCCCAGUCACCGUUUAUCGUCUUGCUAAUGUCAAUUCUAUGGGUGAUACAGAGGCCGCGGCCGAAGGGGCUGGUGGUGAUCAGGAUUCCGCUGAUGAACUCAUGUCCGGUCAACGUACCAAGAUUCCAAAUCGGGGUGGAGUCAACCCCGCCGAUGUUUUGAGUCAGAUCUGUCGCGAAACCCUCGACAAGACACUAAACACACUGAAAGACGGGAUUGAAAACGAGGCAAAUGCUACGCGGCGUGCAGAAUGGUCACGCAAGAAGAAGGCUGUUGAGAUAUUUGCCUCUGAGCUUGACAGCCGCCUCAUGGACCUAAGUGGAAUUCUAGACAGCAACUUUGUGCUGGGCGUGCAAGUGAAGAAGACCAAGCGCGAGAUGAUGGACCUUCGAGGUCAAUUAUAUCGGCUUCGUCGAGAACGAGAGCAUGUGGCUUUGCAGAUGGAUGAAGUGCGCAGCAAACACAUCGAAGAGGAGAAAUCGAAGACCUCACGAACCGCUAUCAGCAACUCUCUUCACAGUCUAGAGCUGGCCCUCGAGCGUAACCAGCAACGGCCAGCUCCAGCAGAUUCUUCUCCCGCAGACCUCGAGUUCAUGCUCCGUACUGUCGCCAGUAUAAGUGCCCGAGCCCCUGGAGGCCAAGGCGGGCUUCUUCAUCAAAUUCGGAAUUUCAAUGCGCAGCUUGAAGCCACCAUGGGUCGCCUGGAGCGAUAA